AUGUCCUCGUCCAGAUCGCUUCUGCGUCGGAUCACGCCGUUUCUCCAUAGCCGCAUCGAGCAGAGCUACCUCCGCCCGAAGCUGCUCAGCUCCGCUGCGCUGCAGCAGCCGUCCUCGUCCCCGGCCGGCCAGGAGGAGGACGUGCAUAUGACGGAGAACUGCAUCAGGGUCCGUCGGUGUUCUUUCCUAUGUUCUCUCCUAGCUGUUAAUAUGAUACUAAAAUUCCAGUCCACGUGAAUUCCCGUCUUCACAUGCCACCGCGCGCCGAGGUAGCAAGGGAGAAUUUGAAGGUUCGAUGCACCUGUUACUUUUAAAUACAUGUCAGAGCAGACGGCAGACAUUUCAGGGAAUUUUCCGGUUAAAAACGUCCCUAGACUUUCUGUCGCCUCCCAAAACAACAGAGAUGCACUCACAACCAAAUCAUGCGGAGGAAAAGGAGUCAUCAUUUUUGGUUGAGUUAGAUGGGCUUCAAUCUUUAGUCAGCCAGCCUUAGGUCUCCAUAGGAUUCCCAAUUAUUCUUUUCAUUCCCUUUAUACCUCGUGGGAUAUGAGGAGCUUUUUUUCCUAAAUCUUUAGUGGAAAUUUAGACCCCAUCCGGUUGCCCCACGAUGAUGCUUGGAAGGCAAAACUCUGAAGCACCGGCCCACCGAAAGCAGAUAUUGUGUCAAAUGCCUAGGGACUUAUUUAUCCUGAAUUGUAUCAAUACAUCCUUAAUAUGUUGAUUGGUAGGUGAUCAAAGGGUAGUACUUGUGAUGUUCACUUCUUCCGUUGGUUCUUCGAUGCUGCAAAGAUAGAAUGAACUGUUGGGCAUUUAUACCUUAAAUACUCUAGGGAUUGAGAAAUCACUUUUUCUGACAACAUGAAAUGCAACGCAUGGAGAACGAGAUAUCUGGUUAUGAAAAUACAUAUCAGCAGAAUGAAGGUCCAAUGAUUUAUCGAAAUAUCUAGCAGGGUUACUCAUAAAUGAAAAAAAAUGAAUAUUGGUGUCAAAAGGUUCCAAUUUGGUGGCAUACCGAUGAUCUUGCAUUGCCUGGGAAAAAACACCUAGCAUCAGAGGUGAACAGUCAUGCUUAAAAUUUCCCUGGCAAAUGCGGAUGAACAGAGAGAGCAUGAAAACUCUCGUCUUCAUUUGGUAUGUGAUCUGGAAUCAUUCAUAGUUGAGUGGCUAAACUUAUACGAGGAUGGGAAGUUCUAUAUUUUUCGAGUUUAGGUAAACUCGAAAAAAAAAGUUCAUACCGAUGAUCUGGAAUCAUUCAUUUGGUAUGUGAUGUUAACUUUGAUGACGAGUCUGAGAAUAAAAAAUAAAAAAUAAAAAAUAAAAAAUAAAAAAUGGUUUGGAACUACAGUUAUGCCCAAAAGACGAUGGGUGUGGUGGUACCUACAGGCUAGACCCCGUUUCAAAGGUAGAUGAUGAAUAUCAGAGUAAAAAAAAUUACGGCUAAUUUCGAGUUUAGAACUUUUCUUCAAUACUUGCACUGACGUCCAGUUUAUCGAUUUCUACAGUUUAUUAAAAACACAAAAUUCAUUCCGAGAGUUUGACUUCUUUCCAUAAACAAUUUUGCCUUUUUUUGAAUUUUUUUCUACACAUGUUCAGAUAAGAUAUUCUCAUAUUCUCUGAAAAAAAUAGAAAGUGUUAAUCUUUCCGCGCUUGAUAUUUCACACCCUCACCCUAAAAAACGGGAAAAAAGAGAAAAAGAAUCUGAUCUGGUGCCAUCGAAUCAAUUUCCAAUUACUGAUCUUUUCCCCCUCCUGUUAUAUCACCAGAGCGACAACUUCACGCUGUAUUGACUUUACUAUGCCAUAAAAUUCGAUUCAUUAAGAUUUCACACUGUAGGAUGCUAUUGUACCCAUCACCAAAGCGACAACUUCUUGAUUUCUGAUUUACCCUCUUCCAUAUUGUCAUCACUCUCUUAGUUCCCUAUCUUUGCUACUAUCUUGCAGAGGAUGAAAGAGUUGAUUGCCAAAGAAGAAUCUAACAAGGAAAAAAUGCUCCGGUUAAGCGUAGAGACCGGUGGCUGUUCUGGGUUUCAAUAUAUCUUUGGUCUGGAGAAUAAAAGAAAUAAAGAUGAUAGGUGAUCUUUUGUAUUUGAAAUAUAUUUUUUAUUGUUCUAUGUGCUGUCGUUAGCAGAAUUGGCGGCGUAGUCAACCUCGUCACUUUCUGAUUGUCCAGGGUCUUUGAGAAAGACGGCAUCAAGUUGGUCGUUGACAAUGUCUCCUAUGACUUCGUGAAGGGCGCCACAGUGGAUUAUGUUGAGGAAUUGAUUCGGUCUGCAUUCCUGGUAAGCUAUAUCUUUUUUCACAUUUAAAUUUUGCUGAUACUUGAGUAAUUUUCAAAACUUUGAUCGUUCAAUGUCUGAACCGUCUUUGAAUUAAGAUACAUAUUUUAGAUUAUUAUUCUCCUUAUUUUUACCUAACGUAAUGAAGAUAAUCUAAGUAUUCUACGAGGAUUAUCUGAUGAGAACAUUUAUCUGGUUUAUUUUACUAUUUUGUGGACUCGUGCGUACUUUCAUUUUAUCUGUCACUUUCUAGUAAUUGUUUACGUCAACAUAAAAUUCUACUGUAUUCAAAACUAGCUAUCUCUUUGUUGCCGAGGCCGGAAUGCAUGUGUGUGGGGCUUUUCUUCUCUUCUUUUUUCGUUUAUGGGGGUACUCUUUGUAUGGUUCUUUCCAUGAUCUUCUUCCUCCUACAAGAAAUAAUUACUCAAUAUCGUCUUAUUCUACAGAACAUUACCUUCAGUCUGUUUCUUGGCCAGUGAUGGAGUGCAAGUUCUCACUGAUAUAAUGCCCUUCUAGAAAAUGCGCUAGAUUUCAAUCUCAAUAUUGUGUAGAAAUUACCGCCGUGCAACUCACCUUGCUGGAACUGGAACUGGCGUCUGGUUCCAGCUCUUCUUUCCUACCAUGGCUUCUCAUUUCAUUGAGAUAAAGGAAUGAUGCCUGAUGUCUUGAACAGCUGUGCGCUGACUGAGGAUCCAUUUGCAUGUUCUGCUCGAGCAGAAUGAUCGCAUCCUUGUUCUUUCCUUUGGCCACAUUUGCUGCAUGGAGACCAGGAUGAUGCCUGCGAGGGACUUGCUGUUCAUGCUUUUCUGGCCACAUCCUCAUGUUCUUUGUUGAUGAACAAGACGACCAGAAAUCAAAGCAUGCGAUUUGACAUAUACCCUCUUCCGAUCAUAAUCUCCUCCUUAUGCCCAACCAGAUGCAGCCUGCCAACUCUCGUUGCCUGCUCAGAUCGAUGGGAGGCUUUCCCUCCGCUUUGUUUAUAUAUGGGUCGUCCUUGAAUACCUCGAAAUAUAGCGUUAUAACCAUUAUAUGGAGGAAUUUCUUGAUUUUUGCAUGUAUCCAUCCCUGUGCAGGUGAGCACCAACCCGAGCGCCGUGGGGGGCUGCAGCUGUAAAAGCUCGUUCAUGGUGAAGGAGUUACCAUGA